GUUCUUUUCUAUAUUUGAAUGAAAAAAGUGGCCAUACUAUUUUUAUAUCCUUAAAAUGGCCAAUUAGUGAACUUCACCACACCCAAUUGGGUUAGCUGUUAAAACUUCAUUGGGCUUUAUCCACUCGGGUCGGGUCAAUAAUCACUCGGGUCAAACGAUUCUUCUCGACUCCACUUUCCUUCCCCGCUGUGCUCACAUAUAACACAAAAGCAUGGUGGCGUGGGCUUCUUUCGCACUUGCAGAAUCACUUCAAACCUAACCCCAACCUUUUCUCUCUCUACAUAUAUAUACCGCAAAACCCUAGUUUAAUUUUUUCGAUUUUUUUGUUGAUUUUUAUUCUAUGGCGGAGGAGCCGCAACAACAGCAACCGUUGGCGGCGGAGGAAGAGGAGGAGCGGCGGACGGAGAAUGAGCAAACGGAGGAAAACGAGGAAGAAGAAGAUGAGGAAGAAGCAGAGACUGAAGCGUUGGUCAUGAAGGCACAAGCGUUAAUGGAGAGAAUUACUGCUUUACCGGAUAACCCUAAUCCUAAUACUCUUCAUGCUCUUUCUUCUCUUUUUGAAACUCAAGAAUCUAGAUACAUGGAAGAUGGUGGUCAUUCUGCCUCUAAUAAUGGCCGAUCUUCCCAUAACGUUGGACGACUAGGGAACCUUAUCAGGGACAAUGAUGAAUUCUUUGAGCUGAUAUCUUCAAAGUUCCUAUCUGAGAGGAGAUAUUCAGUUUCUGUGAAGGCUGCUGCUGCAAGGCUGCUUUUUAGCUGUUCACUGACAUGGAUGUAUCCACAUGUUUUUGAAGACCCUGUGCUGGAAAAUUUGAAAAGCUGGUCAAUGGAUGACACAACCAGUUUGUCUGGUGAUGAUCAUUAUUGGAAGCAUGAGUCAGGUGAUCGGAGGUCCUCUGAUUCUGAGAUGCUGAAAACCUACUCUACUGGACUUCUUGCUGUAUGUUUGGCGAGUGGUGGUCAAGUAGUUGAAGAUGUAUUAACAUCUGGGCUCCCGGCAAAACUUAUGCGCUAUCUUCGGAUUAGAAUUUUGGGGGAGACCACCACAAGCCAGAGGGAUGCAGCAUCUUUGUUGGAUGGUAAAGCAUCGUCUACAGGUACUGGUGUACGAGCCAGAGAGGAAUGUAGAAGUAGAUUCCGGCAAGUUGCCGAAAGCUCUCAUUUGGACAUUCCCCGAGUAGUAGAAGAUGGGUUUCAUGGUGAUCAAGUUAUGGAUAAGGACCGCGAUAGAAGUGCCACUAGGCAUAUGCGUGGGGAUGAACGUUGGACUGAUGUAGAGCCACCGGAUUCUAUGGCUGUGGAUGAUGAUAAUUAUCAGGCAGAUGCAGAUGGUGAGGAAAGAUGGAAUAUUAGAGAUCUACGUGACGGAAAGGCAAAGCCUGGGAACAGAUCCUUAAGGGAAGAUGAACAUGACGAGAGUGCUAGAGAUGAAUUAUCAAGACGCAAAGUGAAUCGUGGGUGGACAAGACACAGAGGACGGGGAAGGGUGACUGAGGGCGUUCCAGAAUAUGAAGCACCUUUGACCUCUCCAGGGUCUGCAAGUAGAUUGGGUGGGCAGUCUCGCAGCAGAAAUUUAACCAGGAAUCAAGAAUUGAGAAGAACAGCUGAUGACAAGAAGAAUUUAGGUAGGACAAAUAUUGAUGGUUUUGCAAUGGAGAGGGAUGAAAAUGAUGAAUGUUUCCGAGAAUGUAAAGUUGGCUCCAAGGAUAUCACAGAGAUAGUGAAGAAAGCUGUUAGAGCUGCUGAAACAGAAGCAAAAACAGCUAAUGCUCCAGCCGAAGCUGUUAAAGCAGCUGGUGAUGCUGCUGCCGAAGUAGUCAAGAGUGCUGCUUUUGAGGAGUUUAAGAAAACAAAUGAUGAGGAGGCUGCAGUUUUGGCUGCUUCAAAAGCUGCAUCCACAGUCAUUGAUGCUGCUAUUGCUGUUGAAGUUUCAAGGACUGCUAUUUCUGAAGGUGAAUCACAAGAGAUAAAAGCAACAGUGCAAGAAGCAAAUGAGGAUGCUGAUGAAUUCUUUGUUCUGGAUAGUGACUCUCUUGCAAAGUUGAGAGAGAAGUUCUGCAUCCAGUGUCUUGUUAUUUUGGGAGAGUAUGUUGAAGUACUUGGUCCUGUGUUGCACGAAAAAGGAGUCGAUGUGUGUAUUGCGCUGUUGCAGCGUAAUUCCAAACAUAAAGAGGGGUGCAAACUUUCACUUCUUUUGCCUGAUGUUCUGAAGCUGAUCUGUGCUUUGGCUGCACAUCGGAAAUUUGCUGCAGUAUUUGUGGACCGUGGUGGCAUGCAAAAAUUGCUUGCUGCCCCAAGAGCUCCUCAGACUUUUUGUGGUCUUUCUUCAUGCUUAUUCGCUAUAGGGUCAAUUCAGGGAAUAAUGGAACGCGUUUGUGCGCUUCCUUCAAACAUUAUCCAUCAGGUGGUUGAGUUGGCGCUUCAGCUUCUUGAAUGUCCUCAAGAUCAAGCCAGAAAAAAUGCUGCUUUAUUUUUUGCAGCUGCAUUUGUUUUCAGAGCUGUCCUAGAUGCUUUCGAUGCUCAGGAUGGCUUACAGAAAAUGCUUAAUCUUUUGCAAGAUGCCGCAUUAGUGAGAUCUGGAGCUUCUUCUGGGGCAUUAACUGCUUCAGGGUCAUUACGGAGUGACAGAUCACCGCCAGAGGUGCUGACCGCUUCUGAGAAGCAGAUAGCAUAUCACACCUGUGUUGCACUUCGGCAGUACUUCAGAGCACAUCUUCUCGUGCUGGUGGAUUCAAUUCGUCCUAAUAAAAGUGUCCGCACUGCUGUCCGAAAUAUUCCAAGUGUCAGGGCGGCAUCUAAGCCUCUUGACAUUAGUAAUGAGGCUAUGGAUGCAGUUUUCCGUUUAAUACAGAAAGAUCGGAGACUUGGUCCUGCAGCUGUCAGAGCCCGCUGGCCCGUAGUUGAGAAGUUUUUAAGUUCCAAUGGACAUAUUACAAUGUUGGAAUUAUGUCAGGCCCCUCCUGUUGAGCGUUAUUUGCAUGACUUGCUUCAGUAUGCUCUCGGUGUCCUUCAUAUUGUCACUUUAGUACCUUACAGCCGUAAACUUAUUGUAAAUGUAACAUUAAGCAAUGAUCGUGUGGGUAUAGCUGUUAUAUUGGAUGCAGCUAACAGUGCUGGUUAUGUUGAACCGGAGAUUGUUGAAGCAGCAUUGAAUGUGUUGGUGUGUCUCGUGUGUCCUCCACCUUCAAUCAGCAAUAAACCUUCUGUAUCUACACAAGCACAGCAAACUAGUGCUAUCCAACCUGCAAAUACUCCUGGUGUGGAGACCAGAGACCGGAAUGCAGAUCGGAGUGAGGCCAGGGACAGAAAUGCGGAGCGGGUUCUUCCAGAUCGACCUGUUAAUAUCCCCAGCCAGAAUGAAAAUAGAGAAAGAAAUGGAGAGUCUACAUUAUCAGAUUGCGGAAGCACAACAAUUCCUGGCACAUCUGUGGUCAGUGGCACUUCUCAAGGGCCUGUGUUUACAGUGACAUCAGGAUUAGUUGGAGACCGAAGAAUAUCACUAGGUCCAGGAGCUGGUUGUGCUGGCCUCGCUGCUCAGCUUGAACAAUGUUACCGUCAAGCGAGAGAAGCUGUUCGGGCAAACAAUGGUAUUAAGGUCCUCCUGCAGCUCCUCCAGCCACGGAUAGUUACUCCUCCAGCUGCAAUAGACUGUCUCCGUGCUCUUGCUUGCCGAGUACUUCUUGGUUUAGCAAGAGAUGAUACAAUUGCACAUAUAUUAACAAAACUUCAGGUUGGGAAAAAGUUAUCAGAACUCAUACGAGAUUCAGGAAAUCAAACUCCUGGCAGUGAACAGAACCGGUGGCAAGCUGAACUUGCACAGGUGGCUAUUGAGCUUAUUGGGGUUGUAACUAAUUCUGGGCGUGCAAGUUCCUUGGCUGCUACAGAUGCUGCGACCCCAACAUUAAGGCGUAUAGAGAGAGCUGCUAUAGCUGCUGCUACUCCAAUCACAUAUCAUGCUAGGGAACUUUUACUCCUCAUCCAUGAACACCUACAAGCAUCUGGUUUGACAGAUACUGCAACUAUGCUUCUAAAGGAGGCUCAGUUGACACCUUUGCCAUCUUUAGCUGCUCCCUCAUCUCUGGCACAUCAAACAUCAGGUCAGGAGACAUUGUCAAUUCAAAUUCAGUGGCCAUCUGGUCGUGCACCUAGGGGAUUCUUGGCAGCUAAACCGAAGCUUUCGUCAUUGGAUGAGGAUGGCACAUUGAAAUCUGAGUCAACUGUCUGUUCUUCAAGAAGGAAGCCGUUGGCCUUUUCAUCUGCGCGUAGUCUGUCCUCAAAAUUUCUCCCUGUUGAAGUUUCUCCAACGACGUCAGGCUGCAAAUUCAGUAAUUCGAGAAAGUGUGCCACACCUAUAGCUACAUCAGAAACUCCAUCGCUAUCUUCAGUUAAAUCUGGCGGAGAUCCAGACAUCAUGUUUAAAACUCCCAUUGUGUUGCCAAUGAAACGUAAGUUAACUGACCUGAAGGAAGGUGGAUCAGUACCAUCAGUUAAGCGACUCAAUAUUGGUGAACAUGCAGUCAGAUCUCCAGCUUAUGUUAGUCCAAAUGCGGUCCGUAGAAGUGGUCUACCAUCAGAUUCUAAUGUGCCUUCAACACCAAAUUCUACUUUGAGAGAGAUCCAUAAUCGACCUGGCUCAAGUGCUUUUCCAACUGAAGGUGAUGAUACUCCAAUGGCGUCGUCUUCUCAACAUGGUCUUCUAAGUGAUUCACAACCCCCAAAUGCAGAGCGUUUAACCUUGGACUCUCUGGUUGUUCAGUACCUGAAGCACCAGCAUCGCCAAUGUCCUGCUCCCAUCACAACAUUACCUCCUCUUUCGCUCUUGCACCCUCAUGUCUGUCCUGAACCAAAACGAAGCCUUGAUGCACCAUCAAAUGUGACAUCACGGCUUAGUACUCGUGAUUUUAGAAGUUUGAAUGGUGGAACAUAUGGAAGGCGUAAGGAUCGACAAUUCGUCUACAGUAGAUUUAGACCCUGGCGAACUUGCCGGGAUGAUCCUGGUGUCUUAUUGACAUGUGUCUCUUUCAUGGGUGAUUCUUCACAAAUUGCUGCUGGCACCCAUUCUGGAGAGCUGAAAAUAUUUGACACUAACAGCAGCAGUAUCUUAGAAAGCUUCACUAGUCACCAGGCACCUUUAACGCUUCUACAGUCAUACCUUUCUGGUGAGACACAGAUGCUCCUGUCUUCAAGUGCUCAUGAUGUGCGGUUAUGGGAUGCCACGUCUGUUUCAGCAGGGCCUAGGCAUUCAUUUGAAGGUUGUAAAGCUGCACGAUUUAGCAAUUUCGGUACAACAUUUGCUGCAUCGUCUGCGGAGCCAUCCCGGCGCGAGAUUCUUCUAUAUGACACUCAGACCUGCCAACUGAACCUGAAACUUACAGACACAUCCAGUAUCCCUUCAGGCCGAGGACAUAUGUACUCCCUUGUACAUUUUAGCCCAUCAGACAAUAUGCUUCUCUGGAACGGCGUCUUAUGGGAUACUCGUGGUUCUGGUCCAAUUCAUCGUUUUGAUCAAUUUACCGACUAUGGUGGCGGGGGCUUUCAUCCUGCUGGCAAUGAGGUCAUCAUAAACUCUGAGGUAUGGGAUUUGCGGAACUUCAGGCUUCUGCGAAGUGUACCAUCUUUGGACCAGACGGUAAUAACAUUCAAUGCAAGUGGUGAUGUGAUAUAUGCCAUCUUGAGAAGAAAUCUCGAAGAUGUCAUGUCAGCAUUCCAGGCACGUCGUGUUAAGCAUCCUCUCUUUUCUGCUUUCCGUACGGUGGAUGCUGUUAACUACUCUGACAUUGCAACCAUUCCAGUAGACCGUUGUGUCCUUGACUUUGCGACGGAGAAAACUGAUUCAUUUGUUGGGCUGAUCACAAUGGAUGACCAAGAUGAGAUGUAUUCUUCCGCUAGGGUGUAUGAAAUUGGUCGGAGGAGGCCAACUGAUGAUGAUUCAGACCCUGAUGAUGCUGAAAGUGAAGAGGACGAGGAAGAUGAUGAUGACAUUGAUGAGGAAGCGAUCAUUGGGACGGAUCUUGACGGGGAUGGUGAAAGUGAUCCGGAUGAUUUGAGCAAUGAUGAUGAUAGUGUGAGCGAGCUUGAUGAUGAAGAGGAUGAAGACGGAGACUUUAUUGUAGAUGGUGUGGACUUUGGUGAUGGAGGUGGUAUAUUGGAGAUUGUUACGGAUGGUGAAGAUGAUGACAGUGAGCUUGUUGAAUCUUUUAGCAGUGAUGAUGAUGAUGAUCUCUUGUAGGUUACAUGGCGUAUUCUCAAUUUAGAUGUAAUCAGUGGGUAUAUUAUCCUGUCACAUGAUUUGCUUGGCAGUGUAACAAUUUUUUAUGCAUUUUAGGAAGGGUAAAGCUUACCUUUUGUCCUGUAGUUUUGUGUUCUCACUUCCCGUUUUUAUCCAUGGCGAGACUUCUGUGCAUAUAUGAGUCAGAAAUGAAAGAGAGAAUGAUUUUUGGUUCA